AUGUCUAACCUUGUUUUACCUCAAUUAUUUGAUUAUCCUUUUACCAGUUCAAAUAUUGUUCCAAUGAAAAAAAAUACAUCAAUCCCAUAUAUUCCUCCCGAAAUUAUUCGUAUUAUUCUUAACUUGUUAGGGGAUGAUAAGAAAACUUUAGCAACUUCGUCGCAUUUUCCUCAUACGUUUACAAAAUUUGUCAAUGUUAUGAAUGAUAUUAAAAAACUUUACUCUCAAAUGAUUCAUCACUUAGAUCUUUCCACUUUUUCUACCUACGGUCUACAAAAAUGUUCUUUUGAAACUCAAAAAAUCGUCACUCCUGAAUUAUUAAUUCAUAUUUUAAGAUCUUUUCCUGAAUUAAAAGUUUUUUCCGUAUCCGAAUCUUUGGAAUCUAUAAUUACCGUUGAAGUUUUAAAGGUCUUGCUUUUGGAAUGUAAAAGCAUCAAAACAAUCGAUUUUUGCGGAUGCACUAGUAAACAAUUUAGUAAUGCUUUAGAAGAAUUUUCUCGCAUAAUUGGUCAAGUUAAAAUAGCACAAUCUUGCAAUGAUGAUGAUGAGACAAUAAUGUCUUUUAAUAUGACUAGCAAACCUUUAUUAUCUCAUUUACAAAGACUUUCAUUCCACGAAUGUCCAAUAAUUUCCGAAUAUUCAACUAUUAUACCUAUUCUUGCUCAUGCUCCAAAUCUUACACAUCUUGAUUUGGGCGGUUGUUCUAUCAGUGAUUUAACAUUAAACUUUUUAGCUGGAACCAAUGUUCCAACUAAAUUAUCUCAUUUAUUGUUGGCUAAAUGUAAAAAUAUCUCGUCUGAAGCUAUUUCAUCCUUUGUCUCUAAAUUUUCUCAAUUAGAAACCCUUAAUCUUUACGGUGACAGAGAUACUACUACAGCCAUUAAAGAAUAUGAUUUAAUAACUAUACUUCGUUCACCAAGUGCAAAAAAUUUCCGAAUAUUAGAUAUUGGAUCUUCGCAAAUAACUCCAUUGAUUUUAACAACUAUCAAAAAAAAUUGUCAAAUGUUACAAAAUCUUGGAAUUUCAAAAGCACAAAUUACAAAUAUAAAUCUUAUUAAAGAUUUUGUUAUUGCUUUACCAAAAUUAGAAUACAUUAAUCUCACUUCAAUCCCAUGCUUUAAUCUCUUAAACACGAACAAUCUAUUCACCGAAAUAAAAAAGAAUAAUCCUUCCAUUCACACAGUUGAGAUGAAUGAAUCAUUACUUAAAAAACUUUAUGCAAUUGAUGGAUGGAAAAUUGACGUAAAUUAUAGUAGAAGAUGGUAUUAUUCUCGUAAAGUUCAGGGAGGUUCAAUCCGACCUGAUAGAGUACAUGGUAGAAAGUUGGAUAUAACCAAAUUUGGUCCAGAAUGUAUGAGCAAGAUUUUUCAAUAUUAUAGUUUUGAUGUGUGA